AUUCUCAGUGAUGUUUUUCUCGUGGCCGAUAGUCGCCCGUCGCGGACGAGCUCGGAUAUCAUUAUGAAGCCAAACUAAUCGUUUGUGAUGGAUCGAUUGGUGAUUUCUUUCUGUUGCACAGCUGCUGUUACUGUUGCUCUGGUUGACGUCAUCAGAGGCAUUAUUUUUCAACUACCCAAAGAAUGUGCUUAUGAAUUUCUUCAACUCCCUCCGUGAGAAAAAGGAGAUGAAAAAACCACCGCCAAUACCCGACAUCCAUCACUACCAUCUGCAUUAUUAUCCAAUUCACGUGCAGAGUAUUCAUACAUCAAUGAAAUCCCUGAAAGCCCCCGACAAACACGAACUGGAGACCAUCCACACAAACAAAUUGGAGAAUUAUGGCUGGAGCGAGCAGGAGUACAGGUACAUAAGUGAUCCAGUUAUUCAUCAUGUACCGAGUUUUCUCGAGACCUGGCCCAUGUCAGAGUCGUUUAUUCAUCAUCGCCCGGAGAUAAGUGUAGAGAGUGUGAAUGACGGGGUAAAGGCAUUUAACGUAGAUCGUUAUGGAGAGGAGACUGUGGGCAAAUCCGGUGGAAUUCUCGUUCAAGUGCCCCUGCAUCAGCAAAUCAUCAUCCAGCAGCCAGUGAAGACUGAAAAACCGAAGGAAUCCCAUCCACUCGUUGCUUUCCUCGAGAAACUACGUAACUUCAAAAAUUCACUAUUUCACUCCGCCGAUAAAAUCGAUGAGAAAUCAGAAGAUUUCUCCGAGAAAGUCAAUGCCUUCGUCGUCUUUAGGCACCCAAAAUCCAGAUUGUUGCGAUAACACUUGUCACUCAUUUUUUCACUUAUUCACUUAUUCACAUUCACAUAACACUUAUCGUCCACAUUAACUGAUUAAAGAUGAGAUUGUUGAAUAAUGUUUAUAAGUUCUGUUAAAUAAAUAAAUUAUUGUUGCACGGAAGAAUCAGAUUAAAUGUCGUAUUGAUGGUUGCGGAAAAAAUAGAUUGUAAUUAUGACUGUGAAUGAAUUAUUAUUGAA